GACUGGCGCGAGGAUCGAUGGAGCUCGUGGGAGCACUACAACAAGACGGACACGCGUAUGAUCAGGGGCGGCUUUUCGGAUCCGCCCGAAUUUCCGGGCUGGGACAGGUUCCGGUCUUGGAGAGAAGAAUUGAGAAGAUGGGCCGGCUUCGCCGACAUUCCUGCUAGGAAGCACCCCGACCGGGUGCUCAAGAACACGAAGUGGGAACUCAAGGACUCGCUGGGUCACUUCCAGUCGAGCGACCUGGUGUGCGACGAGGGCUUGAACAACCUACUGGCCCGGAUGGCGGCGCUGGUGGGAGAGAAGGAAGGCGAUGAAGAACGACGGGCCUUGAGAGAGUCGGCGUUCGAGUACGAGCGUCGCAAGACGGAGACACUCACACAGUUCGUAGAGCGACGCGCCAGGCAGUUUGCGGCUGCCGAGCGCCAUGGAAUAGUGCUGCCCAGCGAACUCAAAGGAAUGCUGAUGGAGGAGGGCAGUGCACUACCUGAGACCGGGAUGCUGUCCCUGCGGUCCAUGACUCAGGCGUCCCUCGAGGUCGACAGGAUCUCCCACGCGCUGAGGCAGCUGGACGACGACGACGGGUUCGACUCCGAAGAGGAGCAGGAGAUCUACCUGGAGGUGGAGGACGCCUGCAUCGACGAGGACCAGCUCGAGGUAUUCUUAGAGACAGCCAUCCAGAAGAAGAAGACCUUCCGCGAGAACAAGAUGCUGAAGGCCGCCAUCAAGAAGGAUCGACAGUUCUUCGACUCGAAGACCGACCCGAAGCGAGAGGGAGGUCGACCCCGUCGACGAGAGAGGCUGUCGGUGGAGAAGCUGAAGCUCAUCACGAAGUGCGCGAACUGCGGGGAGAAGGGGCACUGGAAGAAGGAGUGCCGCAACCCGUACAAGCCCCGCGAGAACAGCACCAAGGAGGUCACCAUGUUCCACUAUGGCGAGGACGGCGCCGGACUGUCGAGCUACCCGUGCUGGCUGGUGCUCUUGUCCGUGAAGGCGGGGACGGCGUUGGUGGACAGCGCCGCAGCGCAGGCCAUCAUGGGCAUGCCGUCUCUGUGCCAGCUGGAGCAGUACCUCCUCGGGCUCGGCCUCCGGGCGGUGUGGGUGCCGCGCCAGGUCCCAGCUCCGACCGGGAUCGGAGGGCGCGCCACCCUCGUCGGCGCGGUGCUCGUGCCGACCGCGCUUGCAGGGCCCCGAGGUGUGAUCGAGUUCGUGGCCCUCGGGGCGGAAUUCAGCUACGUGAACGAGGAGAUCAAGUUCCAGUCUCUGAGCGGCGACCCGGUCAAGAUGAUCACCUACGGCGAGCAUCGAGGUAUUCCUCUGGUGUCCGCCCACAGCAUGAAGGGGUUUUCCGCCCCGAUGAGCACGCAGGACAGGUUUCCCUGUCUGAGCGCAGACGUGUUCUCGACCCAGGCGCCCUUGCCGGUCGAGUCUGCGAGCACUGAGCAGGCGCUGCAGCUCGGGCCAGCCGAGCAGGA